AGUUACUGUUUACCAUGGAGGCGAACGGGUUCGGACUCCAGAAUUUCCCGGAGCUGAAGAAUGACACGUUCCUGAGAGCAGCCUGGGGAGAGGAAACAGACUAUACUCCCGUUUGGUGCAUGAGACAGGCAGGCCGCUACUUACCAGAGUUUAGGGAAACCAGGGCUGCCCAGGACUUCUUCAGCACCUGCCGAUCUCCCGAGGCUUGCUGUGAACUGACUCUACAGCCACUACGAAGGUUUCCUCUGGAUGCUGCCAUAAUUUUCUCUGACAUCCUUGUUGUACCCCAGGCAUUGGGCAUGGAGGUGACCAUGGUACCUGGCAAAGGACCCAGCUUUCCAGAGCCAUUAAGAGAAGAGCGGGACUUAGAGCGUCUACGGGAUCCAGCAGCAGCGGCUUCAGAGUUAGGCUAUGUGUUCCAAGCCAUCACCCUUACUCGACAACGGCUGGCCGGACGUGUGCCACUAAUUGGCUUUGCUGGUGCUCCGUGGACCCUAAUGACAUACAUGGUUGAAGGCGGCAGUUCAAGCACCAUGGCUCAGGCCAAACGAUGGCUCUACCAAAGGCCACAGGCCAGUCACAAGCUGCUUGGCAUACUCACUGAUGUUCUGGUCCCAUACCUAAUAGGACAAGUGGCUGCUGGUGCUCAGGCAUUGCAGCUCUUUGAGUCCCACGCAGGACAUCUUGGCACCGAGCUCUUCAGCAAGUUUGCACUGCCCUACAUUCGUGAUGUGGCCAAGCGAGUGAAGGCUGGGUUGCAGAAGGCAGGCCUGGCACCAGUGCCCAUGAUCAUCUUUGCUAAGGAUGGACAUUUUGCCCUGGAAGAGCUGGCCCAGGCUGGCUAUGAGGUAGUUGGACUUGACUGGACAGUGGCUCCAAAGAAAGCCCGGGAACGUGUCGGGAAGGCAGUGACCCUGCAGGGGAACCUGGAUCCCUGUGCCUUGUAUGCAUCUGAGGAAGAGAUCGGUCGGCUGGUGCAGCAAAUGCUGGAUGACUUUGGGCCUCAACGCUACAUUGCCAACCUAGGGCAUGGGCUUUACCCUGACAUGGACCCAGAACGUGUAGGAGCCUUUGUGGAUGCUGUACACAAACAUUCACGCCUGCUUCGACAGAAUUGAGUACAUGCCUUUCUGCUCAAGUGCCACCAACAGAGAUUGUUUCCAGGAGAAUAAAACUUCCAGAGUUGGAGUCUAGCAUGUUCUUUUGUAAAGGCUUAUGUCCUGAUCCUCAGUUCUUUCUGAAGCCCCCUCCUUUCCUGCCCAGCCCCCCCCCGUUUCUCUCUCUCUCUCUCUCUCUCUCUCUCUCUCUCUCUCUCUCUCUCACACACACACACACACACACACACACACACACACACACACACACACACACACACGACCUCAAACUCACAAAGAUCCACCUACCUGCCUCUCAAGUGCUGGAAUUAAAGGCGGUACCAGCA